UGACGUCCUUGUCUUAAAAUUCCGAAAGAUAAUUUCCGAAAGAUAAUUCCUUGAAAUAAGAUAACAAUGUACUGAAAGAUGCCAACUUUUUCCAAAUUUAUAAAACUGCUUCAAUAUGUUUAGUUAAGGAAGUAAUAAAAUACUAAUUUUUAUAUAUGCAGCUAACUAGCUGUCUUAAAUACGGCAGCUAAAAAAACUUAAAUGCAUGCAUGAUUGUGCCAGUAAAUAAUAAAGUUCAGACCCAAAGAUAUAUAAUGACAGACAAAAUUGGGAAAUUUAGCUUGAGUUCAGGGGCAAGCUGGAGUCUUUUUGCUGAAAAUACAGUAUUUGAGGAAUCAGAAGAAACAAUGGUUGUAAAGCUGGGUAAAUCAGCUGAAACUACUCGUCUUCACAUUGAAGAUUCAAACAAGUUUGGAUACUGUCCUUCUCAAGCUGGCUUUCAUUUAUCAGUGUGCAAGCAGUGCCAAAAGUUGGUUAUGUUACCAUCCUUACAAAAACACUAUGAAUCGAAACAUAUAAAGUUUCUCAGUACUGUAAAACCUGUUUCUCCUAAGUGCUAUAAUUCUCAACCACUGUCAUCUCCAACUAAUAUUAGCUUUUCAACCACUGAUACAAAAGUAAAUAAUGUAGUAAAACCUGUCAAGUUAGUUAACAAAAGCACAAAGCCAUGUAUUCGAAUAGAAGAAAUUGAUCCAAAUGAAGAAAAUGUUAAAAUCGAAGAAGUUCCGCUUACUAUUCCACUUUUUAAAAAUCCUACUGAUAAACUGAUGUUGCCAAAGAUUGUUUUAAAAAAAUGUGAAGUUAACAAAAGCAAAUUAAUAAGUCCUGUUAGAUCUCCCUGUUUUUUAUCAAAGAAUAAAAAAAGUCUUCACAUUAAAGAAUAUGAUGCAGACAAGCAUUGUGGCGUAUGGAUACCUGAUCAGGAAAAAAACUGUACACGUUCUCUCACAUGUAAAACACAUACUUUGUCUCUGCGUCGACAAGUUCCUGGUAGGUCUAAGCAUUUUGAUAUUCUGCUGGCAGAACAUCGAGCACAGGUUGCUUUAAAAGCGCAAGAAAAUGUUUUGACAAAUAAUCGUACCCCAAUGAAUUCACCACUUGACAAAAUAAUACAAUCAAGUGGUACUAUAUUGAAUAUUACAAACAGAGAAAAAGACAUGGCUGGGCCCAAUCUCAAAUCCCCAAAGUCAAAUAAUCACAGCCAACAUUCACCUGUCACAAAGCAAUUAGAGUAUGACAUUUCGGAAGAAGUGAUUGGUUCAUCAAAUCUACCUACAUUAUUAUAUCAUCCUAGACCUAUGAAAAUUAAUUCCUUUGGAUCUAGACAAACUAAUUUACAUUGUCGUAUAUUUUCGCGUCGAAAUGAUCGCAUUUAUUAUGCAGCAACUUCUCUCAUAGAUCAAUAUAAAAACUGUUCUUCUGCAAGUUGCAUGAACUUAGUUUUGAAAGAUUCUCGAAUAAAACAAGAUGGUAUUUCUUCUGAUAUUAAUGAUCCCACACAGAAAGCAAUAUUUCACAAACAAAGAAUUAAAACAAAUAAAUUAAAUGGUACCAAAAGACAGUUAUCACAUAAUGAUGUUCAAACAGGCAUCAUUGCUGAUUCACUAAGUUAUGCUGUGUCAGCAAAAAGGCGACAUUCUUCUGAAAUCAAUAUGUUGGAAACUCAUUCAUUAGAAAACCAAGAAGCUGUAAAUGUUUUACUUGAAAGCCAAACAAGUUUUGCAAAACCAGUUGCUAAUCUUUCUUAUUUAAACCAACAACCUGCAAGCAUUGCUGCAAGUGUAGCUUUUAUGCAGACAAACACUGUUGACCAUAUUUCUAAUCGGCGCUCAAAACCAUCUAAUGCACAAAUUGGUUGCAACGUUACAUUGAGUUCUGUAGGUUUUGUUAUGACAAAGAAUUUAGAAAAUGUUACUACUUCUCUCAAUAAAAGUCAUGUACUUCAUAGUCCUAUAGAUAAUUUGUUUGCUUCUAAUUCUAAAGAAAUGCCAGCUCCAAAUGUGACAAUUACUCAAGGCAUGUUAGUUUCGUUACCCUCAGCUGUUUUGCAAAGUAGUUCGAAUCAAAGAGUUUACAGUAUUGCUUCUCAAUUGCAAGACUUGAUAAACCAACCUAAACUUUCUGUUAAUACAGUUUCAUCACAUGGCCCUCAAAUGCAAACACUAGCAGAUGUCAACUUAGGAACGGUACAAAAUGGAUUAAGUCAAUCAAUAAAGAAAUAUUCAUUAGACUGUAACACUGUUGAUCAACAUCCUCCUAAUGUGAGCUUACCUUAUUCGUUAAACUUACAAAAUCUUUCUUCGUGGGGAAGUGUUGAGUUAAGAGAAACUGAUCAAAAAUCAACUUCUUUUAAGCGCCCUCAUUGUAAUUCAGAAGAUGAAAAUAAUUUUUUACAUAAUCUUAUUGUGCAGCAAACAGAAAAAAAGGAUUCAUCGGUUCCUUCAAUAUCAUCUGUUACACAAAUUUUGCAAAACUCUCAAAGCAAUGUAAAUACGUUAAACGCUGUUAAUACUAGACAUUCUUUAUCAAGCGAUAAUCUUCAGACUGCUCAACUAUUAAAGCAAAAAAAUCAAUCUCACCAAUAUAUACAACAUGGCUAUCAGCCGCAAAUUUUACCCAAAUUAUCCUCGGCACAAACAUUAACACAAUUUACUUCUCCUACAGCUAGUCUACAAUUCAUUAGCCACGGAUCUUCAUCUAAUGGUCAUAUAAGCUAGUUGGAGAACAUGUUGGUUUUCAAGAUUAAUCUUGAAUGUUCUAAAUAGUUUGCUUUUAAAUUUAGCGAUUUUCGAACACUCACUAUCUCUUUUUUAGAGAGAUUUUUUUUUUUUUUUUCGUUGACUUUUAUACAAAAUAAUUUAUAGAAAAUUUUUUCGCUUUUUAUAUAUAGGGGAUUAUAAUCGGGUUAUAAAUUUCAUAGUAGAUAUUAAUUUUA